AUGGGUAAAUAUAGAAAAAGGUUCAAUGAAAAAGGUCGUUCUGGGAUGCUUGCCAAGCAGGCAGAGCUUAAGAAGAUCAGAAAUCGGCAAUUUACGAGACAUCUAGAAGAAAGUGACGAGGAACCGGAUGCGAAACAGGAGAAAGACCAUCAUGCGGAUCCUAAUGCUACUAUACUUCAGCCGUUAAGUCAAGAAGAAAGAGAGGAAAGGAAGAGAAAAAUUCACGAUUCAGUCUAUUCAACGAAUGAGAAACAAGCUAAGAUUGAUAAGAAUAAGAAAAAGAGAUUGGAUAAAUACAUAGAGCAUCAGAUAAAAAGAGAAGAGAAGAAAGCCUUGUUAGACAAAUUAGCUACAACAAUGGUUGAUACAAGUAUGCUUGCCUCAGUGAAGGAAUUAGGCAAAGGAAAGAAAACGAAGAAAGAGGAAUUCAUAGAGGCUUUGAAUCUUGAAAAGCAAGGAAGAGGAAAUAGUGAUACCAGAGAUGUAUUGUACGAACAACGUGAACUUAAGGAAUGGCCCCAAGAAACUGAAAUAUCAAAGAGCGUAUCUCCGACAUUAAAAAAUAAUCAAUAUGGAGCUGAGGAAACGAACAUUCUUGUAGAUAUGGAAGAGGAUACCCACGAUCAAGGAUCUACUUUUAUUGAUAACCGUCCAGCUAAAUUUGGUGGUUCUGGGGUUGGAUUUCUGUUUGCGAAUUUGAAAAAGACAUUAAAGUCGAGUCCCAAAAAGAAGUACAGUUGGAGGAAACGUAUAGAGCAAGAAACAAAGAAGAAUAUGGCGGAGGAAGACGACGAAGACUUCCUUUCAGGAAAUGAUAGUGUAUUGGAAGAGGAAUUGGCUGAUGCAUACGAAAAUAACAAUUCCGAAAUUUUAAGUAAUUCUCAUAAUAAGUUUGCAUCAAGUCCAAGCAAAAUCAAUGAUGAUAGUGUUAGUGAAGAAAAAGAGCAGGAAGAAGAAGAGGAAGAAGAAGAGGAAGAAGAAGAGGAAGAAGAAGAGGAAGAAGAAGAGGAAGAAGAAGAGGAAGAAGAAGAGGAAGAAGAAGAGGAAAAAGAAGAGGAAAAAGAAGAAGAAGAAGAAGAAGAAGAAACAGAUGAUUCCUUAUCACUGAGCGACGAUAUUUCGGAUGAAAGUCCUAGACUUUUAAAAGAUAAACCAAAGCAUUCAGAAAACGCCGAAUCUUUCAAAAAUUGGGCAGCUUCACAAGUACGUACACUAGAGGGCCGUGAGACAAUUGCUACUCUACCAGAUUUACUGGAUGAAUUAAAAAAGCAAUAUUCAAAACCUACAAUUCAUGAAGAAGAUUUUGUAAACUCAUCAGAUGAUGACUUCAUACCCUUAAUAGAUAACUUGGAGCGAAAGGCUUUCUUCGUCAAUGUGGUUAGGCCCUCAGAAAUUGAAGAACUGAGAAUGAAUCUUCCAGCAUAUGCCGAGGAACAUAGAAUAAUGGAAGCCAUUUAUCAUAACGAUUGUAUCAUCAUUUGUGGUGAAACUGGAUCGGGGAAAACUACUCAGGUUCCUCAAUUUUUAUAUGAAGCAGGAUUUGGAAAUCUCAAAAAUGACCAGCAUCCUGGAAUGAUUGGAAUCACUCAGCCUAGAAGAGUCGCAGCUGUCUCGAUGGCCGAAAGAGUGGGAAAGGAGUUAGGUUCUGAAGGUGGAAAAGUUGGAUAUCAAAUAAGGUUUGAUAGCACAGUUAAAAAUGAGGGUCAAGAGAAUGGAACUAGGCUCAAGUUUAUGACUGAUGGUAUACUAUUAAGAGAAAUGAUGGAGGACUUUUGUCUUAAUAAAUACUCCGCCAUUAUCAUUGAUGAAGCUCACGAGAGAAACAUAAAUACUGACAUUUUAAUUGGUAUGCUUAGUAGGAUUAUAAAGCUCAGGAGGAAAUAUCACGAGAAAGAACCUUCAAAAUACAAACCGUUGAAGCUUAUAAUCAUGUCUGCUACCCUUAGAGUCUCAGAUUUUUCUGAGAAUAAACUUUUAUUCAAAGUUCCACCUCCCGUUAUAAACAUAGAAGCAAGACAAUUUCCUGUCAGCAUCCAUUUCAAUAGAAAGACAGAAUUUAAUUACAUCGAUGAAGCUGUGAGAAAGGCAUGCAAAAUCCACAGUAAGUUACCCCCUGGUGGUAUAUUGAUAUUUCUCACAGGACAGAGCGAAAUCCUUUCGGUUGUAAAGGACUUGAGAAAGCGAUUUCCUUUUUCUCGUAAACUGAAGAAGGCAGAUACAUUGUCAGCGGAUCCUGAAAUUUUAACCGCUUCCUCUAAAAAUAUAGAUUUGGAAGCUGAAGAAAUCGAUUUUAGCGUCGACUUAGUAAAUGAGAAGGAAAACUAUCAUAGUUUUGAACUGGAUGAAAACGACGACCUGCUGGAGGAGGAAGGAUUUGAUGAGGGCUUAGAACCAGACCAAACAGAUUCUGAUCCAUUGUAUGUCCUACCCUUAUUCUCUCUUUUGCCCACCAAAGAACAAAUGAAAGUCUUCCAAAAGCCUCCAAAAGGAAGCAGGCUCUGUAUUGUGGCAACAAAUGUUGCCGAAACUUCUUUGACCAUUCCAGGUAUUAGAUACGUUAUCGAUUGUGGCCGUUCAAAGGAGCGUAAGUUUAAUGAUGAAACAGGAGUGCAAUCUUUUGAAAUUGACUGGAUUUCUAAGGCUUCUGCCGACCAGAGAGCAGGAAGAGCAGGAAGAACCGGCCCAGGACACUGCUAUAGAUUGUUUUCCUCCGCUGUAUAUGAAAAUUUUUUCCCUCAAUUCAGCAAGCCUGAAAUUUUGAGGAUGCCAUUUGAAAGUAUUGUUUUGACAAUGAAAGGCAUCGGUAUAGAUCAAAUAAUUAAUUUUCCAUUUCCUACUCCCCCAGAUAGAAAAGCUCUUAAACGAGCAGAAGAAAUUUUAUGUUUCCUUGGAGCUUUAAAUAACAUCGACAAGAGAAUAACACAAUUGGGAAAAACUAUGGUGUUAUUUCCAUUGAGUCCCCGUUUUGCAAAAAUUUUAAUUAUUGGAAACCAACAUGGGUGCUUACCUUAUAUUAUUGCCAUAGUUUCAGCAUUGUCAAUUGGCGAUCCUUUUAUUUACGAGCAUGAACUUGGAAUUGAACAGACCAAGUCCUUAGAGCAGGAGGUUGAUGGCACCGGAGAAGAAGAGCUAUCGCAACAAGAUGAGGAGCUGAGACGUAAACUUAGGGUCAAUUACUUUAAAUCAAAAGCGGCGUUCUCUCGUCUCGAUAAGAAUAGUGAUGCACUAAGGCUUCUUUCUGCCGUAUGUGCAUUUGAUCAUGUACCUAAUCAGAAAAGGAAUGACUUUAUGAGAAACAAUUUUCUACGGAUGAAAAUAAUGGAAGAGAUUGUUAAGCUUAGAAAGCAUGUUAAGCAGAUCGUCAAUUCAAUCAUGUCCCGUGAGUCCAUUGCGGCAGUGAACUUUAGUGAAAAAUUAAAUGUGCCUACGAAAAAACAAGUGACGGCCAUAAAGCAAAUGAUAGCAUCAGGUUAUAUUGACCAAAUAGCUUUGAGGGGAGAUAUUGCCUCUUCAGAUGUCAAGCUUCAGACGAAAAUGGGAAUUAUAAAUAUACCAUAUGUUACAUUAUUCAAUAAUAGAGAAACUGAUGAGGAAUUUGACCCUUACGUUUAUAUCCACCCAAAUUCGAUUAUUGUGAGCUCAGGUGACUUGCCUCCAUCUUAUUUGGUCUUUUCUUCUUUAAACUUAAGGCAAAGUAAACGGGCAGAUGGAAAAUCUAGACUCUUAAUGAAACCAUUGGUUGACUUGUCAAACACACAGAUCGCUAAUAUCGCGAAAGGUUCUAGUUUGAUUUCUUAUUCGAAACCUCUCGGCCACCCAUACGCUCCAAAGAAUCUUACGUCAAGUAAAAGAGAAUGCUACGUUAUUCCCAGAUUAGGAGAAAUUUUGGGAACUGGGAAGGUUGGAUGGGAUCUUCCAGUAAUAAAGGUUGUGCAAGUGAAGAAGAAUGGUGCAUGGGUAAUAAGUAGCUGA